CUCUCCUCCUGCCUUGUGUCUGUGAGCUCCAAUUUCUGCCUGCCCAGCUUGUGCCUCUCUCUCUCUCUCUCUCUUACAGUCGCUCACUGAGUCUCACACUCUACAGCUUCAAUGAAAACCUCCAGGCAUUCUACAUACUCUGUGCACUCCACUACUAGCAGCAGGCCUCCAGCCAUGUCAAUCACCCGUAGCUCCGCUCCUGUUUACAGGGCAGCCACUAUUCAUGGUGGGGGCAGCGGGAACCGCAUCAGCGUUUCUUCCGGGGGCCGCAUGGGUUUUGGAUCUGCGAUGGGAAUGGGCUCCGGAGCGGGGGGCUUCUCCAGCAGCGUCCAGGUGAGUGCCAGCGGGAAGAGCGGCGACAUCAUGGGCAACGAGAAGUUCGCCAUGCAGAACCUGAAUGACCGUCUGGCCAGCUACCUGGAGACAGUGAGGAACCUGGAGCAGGCCAACAGCAAGCUGGAGCUUAAGAUCAAGGAGGCCCUGGAGAAGAGCGGACCUGACUUCAGAGACUACAGCAAGUACCAGGCGAUCCUGGAUGACCUGAGGAGGAAGGUGUUCGAUGCCACCAUCGAUAAUGCCCGCCUGGUUCUCAACAUCGACAACGCUCGCCUGGCAGCCGAUGACUUCAGAGUGAAAUUCGAGUCCGAGCUGGCCAUCCGCCAGUCCGUGGAGGCCGACAUCGUGGGUCUGAGGAAACUCAUCGAUGACACCAACAUGAGCCGCAUGAACCUGGAGAGCGAGAUCGAAGCCCUGAAGGAGGAGCUCAUCCACCUCAAGAAGAACCAUGAAAACGAGGUUAUGGAGCUUCGUAAUCAGAUCGCCCAGUCCGGUGUCCAUGUAGAUGUUGACGCUCCAAAGGGACAGGACCUGUCUCAGAUCAUGGCAGAAAUUAGGGCCAAGUAUGAAAAGAUGGCACUGAAGAACCAAGAAGAACUCAAAGUUUGGCAUGAAUCUCAGAUGACAGAAGUGCAGACCCAGGUCAACCUGAACACAGAGGCCCUGAAGGGUGCCCAGACAGAAGUGAACGACCUCCGCAGACAGCUACAAACCCUCGAGAUCGAACUGGAGUCGCAGAAGAGCCUGAAAGUCUCUCUGGAAGGCACGCUGAGGGACACGGAGAUGCGUUACAACAUGGAGAUCGAGUCUCUCAACAACAUCAUUCUGAGUCUGGAGGCGGAGCUCACACAGCUGCGUAACAACAUCCAGGUGCAGACACAGGAGUACGAGUCCCUGCUCAACAUAAAGAUGAAGCUGGAGGCCGAGAUCGCGACGUACAGACGGCUGCUGGACGGUGGAGACUUCAAGCUCCAGGACGCUCUGGAAGAACAGAAAACAGUGAAAACCAAAGUGAUGACAGUCACGCAGACCCUGGUGGACGGCAAGGUGGUGUCCUCCAGCACAGAGACCAAGAACCUCUGAGUACAAGAAGCAACCGACCGACGCUCCCAACAAUCACCACGACUGCAUCGUAGCACUAACACACGAUAGGCCAAGUUGUACUUCCAGUGAGUUCUCCAAACCUUUUAGUCAUGCAGCACUAACCUACAGACCCUAGGCUGUCUCCUGCAUUAGUCUGACUUCUUAGCUAUAACGUUGUUUCACAGGCUGAUUAAAAAACAAAAAAAACUGGAUUAGAGGAAAACAAAAUCAUCUUUUAUUUAUUUCAUCACAAUCUAUUUAUGUGUCUGUAUGUUGACCUGCACAUGUUUACAAAAGUUUAGAAUUGGAGAACGACAAGACAAACUAAUUGAAGACAAUUUCAAAGCAUAGAGUCCAGUUAAUUGCUUUUUUUUUGUUUUUUCCCCCCAUAUUUCAUCGUCUUGUUUUCUUUCUGUCCAGUUGAAUAUGCCUGCUGUCCUGUGAUUUUCAAACUUUUCAAUAAAGUCCAUUUUUGGAAAUUUUA